AGUCGUGUACAUUUGAACAUAUUUUGUCCAGUUGUAAAAGAAGACGAGGAAGAGAUAUGGCGGGACAUGAACACAGGGAUGGCUGGUAACAUGAUGAGUGUUUAGGGUACACCUGGACGUUUAGAGAAAUGGAUGUAAAUCUUAACUGAAUGGGGUAACCAUGUUUUCUUAGCAUUUGGUUAUCAUUAGUCAUUAGUCCUGAGUGUAGCAGGAUGCCUUCUCUUACUUUAAGAGGAGUUACUGUGGAUUUUCCCUUUACUCCAUAUCCAUGCCAGACGGAUUAUAUGAGCAAAGUGAUUGAGUGCCUGCAAAAUAAAGUAAAUGGAGUUCUUGAGAGUCCAACUGGCACAGGGAAAACCCUGUGCUUGCUUUGUGCUGCGCUUGGCUGGAGGGCUUAUUUCAAAGACUCCAUAUCCGCCCGCAAGAUUGCAGAGAGAAUGGGAGGUGCUGAGCUUUUUCCUGACAGGUCGAUGUCAUCUUGGGGAACAGCAGCAACUGACGGAGAAACACCAGCAUAUUACACAGACAUUCCCAAAAUCAUCUACGCAUCGAGGACACAUUCUCAGUUGACCCAGGUCAUCAGCGAGCUCAAGAACACAUCCUACAGGCCGAAGAUUUGCGUUCUGGGCUCCAGAGAACAACUGUGUAUCAACCAAGAAGUAAUGAAGCAAGAAAGCAACCAUGUCAAGGUCCAUAUGUGCCGAGCAAAAGUGUCGUCCCGCUCUUGUGUCUUCUACAAUAAUGUUGAUGAGAAGAGUACCGACAAGGACAUCAUAAACUCUAUCCUGGACGUUGAAGAUCUUGUGAAAACUGGGAAAAAGGAAAGGGUGUGUCCAUAUUAUCUGUCUCGCUCUCUGAAGCAGCAUGCCGACCUCAUAUUCAUGCCCUACAACUACCUCCUUGAUCCAAAGAGUCGUCGAGCACACAACAUAGAGCUUAAAGGAGCCGUUGUCAUAUUUGAUGAAGCACAUAAUGUGGAGAAGAUGUGUGAAGAAUCUACCUCGUUUGACCUGACUCCUUACGAUUUGACUACAGCCAUUGAUGCUGUAGACAAGCUUUUGAGGGAGCAGGCCUCAGAUAUUGGCAAAGGAGAAUCUUCAGAAGAUUUCAAUGCUGAAUCUUUAAACUCAGGUCUGAACCUGGACAUCACCACUAUUGCUAAAAUAAAACAAAUUUUAAUGGACCUGGAGAUUGCCAUAAAUAGCUUUGAGAUGCCUUACAAUAACCAGGGGAUUACCAAGCCUGGCAGUUUUAUUUAUGAGCUUUUGCAAAAGGCCCACGUAAACUACGACACUAAAACCGCAGUUGUGGAGGCGAUGGAGCAGAUCACAGGAUAUUUAGCAGGAAAGCCUGGUAUCUUCCUCAACACCAGUGGACUGCAGAAAGUCGCAGAUAUAAUACAAUUGGUGUUUGCAGUUGAACCUGCAGAGGGCGGUAUGCAAUCACACAAGGGGAACAGCAUGCAGCAGUUUAAGGUACACAUUCAUCCAGACACUAGCAAUUUCAAGAAAAAGCAGAGCACUGAUCUGUGGGCGUCCUCUUCUACAAGGAAACAAGGGAAUGUGCUGAGUUACUGGUGUUUCUCCCCGGGAUUCAGCAUGCAAGAUCUCCUCAGGCAGGAAGUGCGCUGCAUCAUCCUGACUAGUGGCACCCUGUCACCCCUGUCAUCCUUCACCUGCGAAAUGCAGAUCCCCUUUCCUGUGUGUCUGGAGAACCCUCAUGUCAUUCAGAAGGACCAGAUCUUUGUCAGCAUUAUUGACAAAGGACCGGACGGCGUGCAGCUCAGCGCAGCCUUCGACAGGAGGUUUGUUCCUGAGAACAUGGCAUCAUUAGGAAACACUAUUGUAAAUUUGAGUCGAGUGGUUCCUCAUGGCCUGCUAGUGUUUUUCCCUUCGUACCCGGUGUUGGAUAAGACGCUUGAAUAUUGGAAGGCUAGCGGUCAUGUAGACCGCAUUGAGUCAAUGAAGCCCAUGUUUGUGGAACCCAAAGGAAAAGGUACCUUUACAGAGGUUAUGGAUGGCUUUUAUGACAAGGUAAAUGACUCCAAGGCAAACGGAGGAAGCUUCUUUGCUGUAUGUAGAGGAAAGGUGAGUGAAGGGUUGGACUUUGCAGACACGUAUGGCCGUGGAGUGAUCAUCACUGGCCUUCCCUAUCCUCCGAGAAUGGACCCCAGGGUGGUGCUGAAGAUGCAGUAUUUGGAUGAGAUGUGCAAAAACAAAACCAGCGGUGUAAAGUAUCUGUCUGGGAACGAGUGGUACAGGCAGCAGGCCUCCCGCGCUGUGAACCAAGCUAUCGGUAGAGUGAUCCGCCACCGCGAGGAUUACGGUGCCAUCUUUCUUUGUGACUACAGGUUCAAAAAUUUGGAUGUACGACAGCAGCUCCCUUCUUGGGUCAGACCUUACGUUCGAACGUAUGAAAACUUUGGCACCGUGGUCCGUGAUGCUGCACAGUUUUUCCGGGUUGCACAAAAGCUUAGGCCUGUGCCAGAGAAGAAGAUGAAAGGUACAGGGUGUGAGAGCCAGACAGCUAAAGCCACCAGCCAGUCAAGUCCAGGGUGCAGUCGUUCAGCUCAGAGUGCCUGGGAGUGCAGUUCCUCUCUCAAAGCCAAAGUGUUCGACUCUCAUGUGCCAAGUCUAAAGAGGAGGAAACUGGGCGAGCACUCGGAGAGAGAUGGGACAGCCAGGCUUUGCAUCCAGUACGAGAUGGAGAUGAGUUCCAGUAAGAACAGACCCAUGAGCCUGCUUGAUGCUCUGGAUGAAAGCGACCCUAAUCGAGAUGAGGAUGAUACCUUUGUUGGGGAGGAGAAGGCCAGCCGUUUGUCCACAUUAUCUCUACAACAUGAUAAGCGCAUGGAUGAUGAAUCGAGGGGAGGGAAACGCAAAAUCAGAGUAGUGCAAGACCGGAAACCCAUAGACUCCAGCGCAGCAGGCAAAGGCAAGGCCUUUAUGCUGGAGCUGAAGAGAAGUUUAAGUCUGGAGAGCUUCACGCAGAUCAUGCAUGCACUUCAGGUGUACAAGGCCACAGAUAACCUCAAUGACCUUGUGGCAAAAGCAGCAGACCUUCUCAUACAAGAUCCCAACACACACAUCCUGCUGAGAGGACUCUACCAGUUUGUUCGGCCACACCACAAGAAGCAGUUUGAUGAGAAGUGUGAGCUCCUUACAGGCAAAGGCUGUGGUUACAAACCUGAGCACUCACUCUCUAGGGAGGAGAGAGCAUUACUCAUGAAACAAACAGCCAAAGUGGAGACUUCUGAAAUGUGCACAACCACUCAACUAGACUCAAGCAGGCAGCUCAAUCAAGGUGGAUCUCAUCUGGGAACGCAUAAUUUGUGUGGAAUGGAUGCAAGUGGGAAGGAUCAGAAGCUACAACAGUCAGGCAAAGAGAGUCAAUUCAGUGCUUCCCUGCUGUCUGAUAUAAAAAAGGCUAUUGGUGCUGAGAAGACAAAUCAGCUUUUUGUAGCGUUGCAAACGUACAAGAAAACUAAUGAUUAUGAACAGAUGGUAUCAACAGUUGUGGGGUUGCUGACUGAGCGUGAUGAAGACAUUAUUCUUCUAAAACGCUUAACAGCUUUCAUUCCAGCUCCCCAUCGUCAGCAGUUCUCUGAGAUGUUAAUAUCCUUGACUGGGAGUGUUUCAAUGCCUUGCCAGGAUUCAGAUGAGGUUUCUAGUCCCCCAAUUUCAGUUUCACAGCUCUGUGCAGGAAAAUCACAAAGCAAGAUAUCGUCCUUCUUCUCCUGACUUGGGAAAUCUCACAAGCUGCUACUCCAUUCAUGUGGGAUUGUUUUCUUUGAAGCAGAGGAAGACGAAGCCGAGCAGUCCGAUCUUCACUUGGAUCAUACUUGACAUUUGUCAAGAAUGUGACUAAAACAAUUAAAUUUAUAAUCGUGCUUUGACAACUAUAUUUUAAUACAUACAAUUGUGGUAUUGUUUUUCAAAGAUAAAUUAAAAAUAUUUAGUUA